AUGUUUCGCACGUGCGCAUGCGUGCUGACAACGCUAGCGGUUGCGCUAGCGUGUGAGUUGAGCCCGCCUGACGACUCUUCUCCUAAAUCUCCCGGAGACAACUUCUACAGACUGGUCGUCAACGGUGAAAUAGAGCGGUACGCGCCUGAUCAAAGAUAUGUCGUGACUCUGGUGGGAUCGCGCACCCACGACGUGGUCCAGCAGUUCACCAAGUUUCAAAUAGUAGCUGACCCGCUAGACCCGAAGCAGCCACGUGUUCCGAGGAAACAGGGACAAUUCCAGUUGUUUGCUGAUACCCUGACCAGAUUUGACGAUGAAUGCAUAAACUCAGUGGUGGAAGCGGAUGACCUUCCCAAGACUGAAGUACAAGUCAUGUGGAAAGCACCGCCAGCUGGAUCUGGAUGCGUAUUGCUUAAGGCUAUGGUGUACGAAAACGUCAGCAAGUGGUACGCAGAAGACGGUCAAUUGACGAAACGUAUUUGCGAAGAUACAUCCCUGGGUGUGCCAGACUGCUGUGCUUGUGAUGAUGCAAAAUAUAAGAUGGUCUUCGAAGGUCUCUGGUCCCCACAGACACACCCCAAGGAUUUCCCCGUUCAAGCGAUGUGGUUAACACAUUUUUCGGACAUUAUUGGAGCUACUCAUCCAAAGAACUUCAGUUUCUGGGGCGAAGGGCAGAUUGCUACUGAUGGCUUUAGGUCUUUAGCGGAGUGGGGCUCUGUGGGUCUGCUGGAACGGGAGCUGCGCCAACGAGGGGGUCUUUUGCGGUCCAUAGUCCGAGCGCAAGGAUUAUGGCAUCCUCGCGUGAACUCAAAUACUUCUGCCACUUUCACAGUCGAUAGAAAACGCCAUUUUUUCUCUGCUGCUUCUAUGUUUGGACCCUCACCUGACUGGGUGGUGGGAGUAAAUGGUUUGGAACUAUGCAACAAGGACUGUUCGUGGGUGGAGUCUAAAGUCAUCGACUUAUAUCCGUACGACGCUGGUACGGAUAAUGGAAUCUCUUACAUGUCUGCGAAUUCAGAGACAGCGCCACGUGAAAGAAUGUAUCGCAUAACAACAAUGUAUCCGGAAGACCCACGGGCCCCAUUCUACGACCCCCAGAAGCGCGAAAUGAACCCCAUGGCACGGCUGUACCUCACGAGAGAGAAGAUCAUAUCCAGGGGGUGUGAUGAGGAGACACUGCAGAGUCUUGUCGUUGAAGAGGCUGAAAAUACACAGUCCGCUGAUAGACCGGAGUGCGCAGUGACAGAGUGGAGUACAUGGUCCGCGUGUUCCGUGACGUGUGGUAAGGGACUGCGUAUGCGCACACGCGAAUAUCGAAUGCCACAGAAGGCUCAAAUGUUUGAAUGCGACCGUCAGCUAGUUUCCAAGGAGAUGUGUGUUGCUGAUGUGCCAGAGUGCGAGGGUGGUAAUCCUGAACCAGAAGAUAGUGACUUCAACGCGAAUCCGCUAGAGGAGGUAGAUGAAAUAUGCAAGACUACAGAAUGGGGCCAUUGGAGCGAGUGCUCUGUUACUUGUGGUAUCGGUGUCGCUACCCGCAGAAGGAACUUCCUCAACCAGAUGGGCAUUAAGAAGUGCCCACUUGUACAAGUUGAGGAAAGCCGAAAGUGUAUGGAACCACAAUGCACAGAGCAGGAACAAGCAGCUGUAUCGGAUCCUCUAUGUCCCACCACGGACUGGUCAGCAUGGUCACCGUGUUCCGCAUCAUGCGGACGAGGUGUCAUGUUCCAUACGCGACUGCUGCUAGUGCCAGCCGAUCGUCAGCAGGAGUGUUCAGCGAAGGUCGAGCUGCUGCAGCAGAGACCCUGCCAGGAGCAGGAGAGUUGCGAGAUUGAUAUGCUAACGGCUAAACGUAUUUGUAUGGAAACUGCCGACCAGGGGCCCUGUCGAGGUGUGUACCAGCGCUGGACGUUCGUAGCAGCUAAGGGCAUGUGUAUCCCAUUCACGUAUGGUGGAUGCCGCGGUAACCGCAACAACUUUAUCUCCCAAGAGGACUGUAUGAACACUUGUAAGGUGAUACUGGGUGGUGGUGCAGCCAACGGAGUGGUGCCUCCCAAUAACCAGUUCGUGCCGAGCAUCAGCUCCAAUUAUCCAGGGCUCAGCAUAAAUUCAAUUGUGCCUGUGCCACCAGCUCUUAAUGGUAUUGUACUGUUGUUAAGUCCCGAGGUAGUUCCUAUAGCCCAGCCUGGUCCGGGAGGCGCACAGUGUCCAACUCGCCUCUCAAGAAGAAGACGUUGUAACAGAUCUUGUUAG